UGGACUUGCAUGCGCAGUGAGAUGAAGUGAGGACAUGGCCGGUUUGCGUGGAGGCUCUAUCCCAAGCUACUACCGAGACGUGUUCGAGAUUGUCUGUCCAGAUGGAGAGUCGAAAAUCCCAGAGAAAGUCUGCGUUCGUCUUCUCCUCAAGUCACAGCUGCCCAAAGACGUUCUACUUGAGAUUUGGAGGACUGUCGAUUCGAAACAGCAGGGAUUUUUGAAUAGAGACGGACUGUAUAAGGCGCUCGCACUGACGGCUUUGGCUCAGCAGAGUAAACCGCUGACUGACAAGGCACUGGAUGCCUACCAAGAUACGGAAUUACCAAUGCCAACACUCGGGGAUCUCAGUGAUCUGAGGAAGUUGACUCUGAGAUUUCGUCGUCAGUCACAUCCAACCCAACUUGGAUAUACAUACGAUGAGCUGGUAGGCUUAGAUACGCUCCACUUACGUAUCAUUCCCGGGAAAAAGGGCUUGAUCAUGAAACACGUUGAAUUCAUUUUGGAAUCUCAUACUCACGGCACAUCAAUCCAGAGACGAUACAGUGACUUCGAAAUCCUCCACGACUACCUCCACCGAAGAUACCCAUACCGUCUCAUCCCUCGCUUGCCACCCAAGAAAGUCAACCCGAGCAGCAGGUUUGUUGAAGUUCGACGUCGAGCACUUCAGCGCUACAUUAAUCUUGUUUGUCGACAUCCUACGAUGGCAGAUGAUGAUAUUGUGAAGUUCUUUGUCACUUUCAAUGGCAAAGAUUUCCAGCAUAAUUUGAGGGAGAAAUUCAAGCUACUUCCUGACGAGUUUGCUACUAAUCCGUUAGCUGCACAAUCGCGGGAGCUCGCCGGUCUCGAAAUGCAGACAAAUAUGUCAAGCAUCAAGGAUCAAAUCCGUCAGAUGCAAACCAACUUGAUUUCACUACGAGAAACGGCUCAACGUAUGACAGAUCGAUCGUUGACAAUGGCAGACGACAUGAAUAUUUUUGCCACAGAAUUAGCGGCUGUGAGUAGUGACACAAGAACAGCCACUGCGUGGACACAAGGGUCUGAUAGCUCGUGGAGUCAUGUAAAGGCAGGCCUCCGUAGUCUUGGCCCUCAUUUUGGCCGGUUAUCAGAGAGGUCCAAGGAGAAGGCUACCCAAGAAUCUGACGGUCUCGUUGAGAACAUCAGCAUGCUUCUUGCUCUCAUCAACGCCUACCAGGAUCUUGUUGAUCGACGUGAGAAGGGAGUCAUGCAUGAACACCAGACGGCGAUUGCCAACGUAGAAAGACUGAAGAAACAUCAGGGCAAGUUGAACACCCGGAAAGACGUGACGACGGCGCACAACUGGGCUGAGGAUGCUGAGAAACUGGGAAAUCGUAUUGUGAUGGAAGAGGGUUAUAUUACUAACGUUGAGAUGCGUAACUACUUUUCUCUCUAUUGUCUCAAUAUGGAGGCUCAGGUCGUCAACACCAACAUGAAUCAGUUUGCGGUGAUUAUGCAGGAAAUGGUGGACACGCAGUUGCAGAUGAAUGAGCAGCUACAAGCCGUCUGGAAAGACAUGAAACCGAUAACAGAGAAAAUCCUUCCACCGACAUCAUCGGCAUCGUCACCCCUCAAGAAAACAGAAUGGGACGCCGCAGUCCCCACGUUCUAACACUCCGCCCAACCCUCGUGAUCAACCCCACCAACUGCCAAUACUAAUUAAUUAACCUCCACGUUGGUUACUAACACCAUCGACUGUCAAAACGCCUAGACUUUAUUCCUACUUUUUUGCAUUGAUUUCUCAGUGGUAGUUUGUCAUACGGACGUUAUGCAAUAGAAUACAGCUCAUCCCGGCCCAGACUA